AGCCCUCUGCUGCUGCUUAUGCUCUGCUGCUGUGUGACACUGCUGUCGAGCAGCACGCGUUCGAGACCGCCCACCGUAAACAUGUCUGACGACGUUUCCCAAGCUGAUCAACUAGCAAGUUGGUGAUGUGAUCAUAGCCUCCAAGAAGCGGAGCUGAGGCACGAGAUGACAUGGCUCACAGCGGAGCAGGCUCGAUUGCCUCGAUUGGGAUGAUCGCAGCUUUGGGCCACCGGCGCGCCCGGGUGCAAGGGCUGCGGCACAAGGGCGUUGGCGCGCGCAGAGGCGGUUUCGUUCGUACGCAUUGCGGAACGACUUGCCCGCGCAGCUGCUAGCCCGGCCUGACGCGUACUGCCUCCGAGGAGUAACACGGAUCCAUCAGGGAGAGGAUUGCCGCCGGAGUCCGUUCCGAACGCAAAGAAGUGGGUCGUUGCUGGGGUGGGCGCAUCAUUUCUUCGUCCCGGCAGGGCUUUGUGAGGAGGAGCUUUCCUCUUCAUAACCGGAGUCGACGCGAACAAGAGAAGGAUAGCCGUGAAGGCGACAAGCCGGGCGUACAUGAUCUCAUCAGCUUGGGUGUUGUGUGUGCGACAAGCAGACGGGAAGUGCAGGCGUAUGACCUGUACAGCGACGAUGGUUGGCAGUCGAACUGCGUAUCUAUAGAAGUCCACAGUUGGCAGUUGGCAGUCGAAUUGCCUACUGCUGUAUCUACGCAUCUACAGGAGUGCCAUGGUUGGCAAUUGGUUGCGUAUUUAUGCCGUACAAGAUGUAUCCAUACU